UGACGAGGGGGGUGAGAGCGUUAGAGAGUGAGAGAGUGAGAGAGCGAGAGUCAGAGAGGGGGGAAGGCAGCAAAGCAGAAGAAAAGAAGAAAAGAGUGACGUAAAUCUCAUAAUGUCCCUCUUCUUCUGCUUUAACAAACUCGCGGCUGCACGCGGAUAAUGUCCGAGAAUGUCCAUUUCUGGGACCCUCAGCAACUAUUACGUGGACUCCAUCAUCAGUCACGACAGUGAUGAACUCUCCGGUCCGGCCCGCUUCUCCGCCGUCCAGUACUCCUCUCCAAACUCUUCAGUGGCCGCGGGCGUCAGGCAGCCCGUGGCCGCUGCACAUGCGGAGCAUCCUCAUUCUGACUCGUACCCGUCCUGCAGCUUCCAGCCCAAACCCCCGGUCUUCUCACCGUCGUGGAGCCCGUUCAGCCCGCACCACGGCGCCGGCGCUCUUCCCGCCGUCUACCACCCGUACCUCCCGGCGCAGCAUGUUCCCGCGGCGGACACGCGCUAUCUCCGCUCAUGGCUGGACGCCGCUCCUCGCGACCCGGACUCUGUUUCGGGCCAGAGCCAAACCGGGCAGGUGAAGCUGGAGCCCCAGCUGGGACACCAAGGCGGGGACAUCCCGCUCAAAGUGAGCGUGCAGCACCCGCACGAGACCACCACGUACAUCCUGGACCCCGUGUCCACGGCGGCGCGCGAACUGAGCCUCCACCCGGCGGCCGUCCCGGGCCGGGGGUUCGAGGAGAGUAAGGAGGGAUGUGAAGGCAGCGAGGACAAAGACGGCCCGGAUCAAAAUGACCCUUCAGCCAACUGGCUGCACGCGCGCUCCUCCAGGAAGAAGCGAUGCCCUUACACGAAGUACCAAACCCUGGAGCUGGAGAAGGAGUUCCUGUUCAACAUGUACCUCACGCGUGACCGGCGGCACGAGGUGGCGCGUGCGCUCAACCUGACGGAGCGCCAAGUGAAGAUUUGGUUUCAGAACCGAAGGAUGAAAAUGAAGAAGCAGAGCAAGGACCAGUCCAAGGAGUAGAGGCACUGUCGUGUAGCACGCGCACACAAGCACACCCCAGACGCACACGCACGCUCAUACCACGCAGAUGAUCAACCUGAAGCGCGUGUUUGCAAGCACAAAAAAACAAAGACAGAUAACGCACUGCAGUUUGUUGGUGACGUCACGAGAGCUUCAGCCAUCCGGGUCGAACAGCAAGUGCGCUUUAAGGUUCACAGACCGCACCUGCAGGAGCAGCGCGCGCACACACCCAGAGUGCGCCACGUGGACUUAAGAGGCCAGGAGACGAACUUCCGGAGGCGCGCUCUCCUGUUCCGUCAUCAAUCCAUUAACAGCGAUUUGAAACUCAAGCAAAUGUGAUGUUCACUGACAGGUUUGGAGAAUGGGACUUUCGAAAUCUCAGACUGGAGUAGAAUCUCCACGGAGGGACUUUCUCUCCUCCCGCGGACUUGGAGUGAAAAGAAGAUUUACGCACAGUUCGGGUUGUUUGAUGUCUGGGUGCAUCGCGAAGUGGAGGGAAAGGAGAAAGAAACAGCAUUUCCUUUUCUUUUCUUAUUGAAGCACUUCCUUUAUUGGUUAUUUAUUGGUUCAGUUUUGUCAGCGAUUGCGCGAGCAGGUGCUGAAACCAGAAUUUCAAAGGCCAUCAAUAUAGAAGAAGGAGGCAAGGGGGGCCUGCUCAGAGGAGGGGAGUGAUCCCUAUUUUAUUCUCCUCCACUGCAGUCGUUUGACUCUCUGUUGUCACCGUUUGAUUAGAAAGCGGCCAGCCGCCGUUUGUUUCUCCGAGUGUCGGCUUGAGUAAUGAGGCGCGGAGGUGAGGGACCGGCGGGAGGAUCAACCACCUCAGCAGGCGCGAAUCCGAUCAGGAUCGAUCAUGUCGGGGAUUUCGUGGCCGUGGGUCGUCUCACGCGCUGCAGAGACUGCGAUGCUGCUCUAAAAUGGUUGUUUUGCCCGCGCUUCAGCAGCUCUCUGACUCCAUACGACUGCAUCCACGCAUCUGACAGGCGUUUAAUGCCCCGCAUCCCUCCGUGGAUUCUAACCCGAAAGAUGUUGUGAGGCCAAAACAGCAGAUCUUCUUCUGAGAGACCCAACACCUCAUCUUCAUCACAUUACAGAAAAUCUAUUAUUAUACAUUCUGCGUGUCUGUUUUUCAUACACGAGGUAAUACCUGCUAUGCAAAGCGGCUUUCUUUCAUUUCAGGAAGUGCACGUGCACUUUUUCAAAACCCCCUUUUGUUAUAGUAAACAUCAACCAGCGGCGCCAAUGAUGUGUUCAUGUAAAAUAUGAGAUCUGAAGGACUGGGGGGGGGGGGG